CGAGAGCGGCGGGCCCGGAAGCUCCACGUCGGAGCUCGGAGCGGGCCCGGGCGGAGCGGGGCCGGAGCGGGGCCGGGGACAGCGGACGGCACCUCGGGACACCGGGCGGCACCUCGGCACAGCGGGGCCAUGCCUCUGCGCCUGGACAUCAAGCGGAAGCUGACGGCGCGCUCUGACCGCGUCAAGAGCGUGGACCUGCAUCCCACGGAGCCAUGGAUGCUGGCCAGCCUCUACAACGGCAGUGUCUGUGUGUGGAACCACGAGACACAGACUCUGGUGAAGAAUUUUGAAGUGUGUGACCUGCCUGUGAGAGCUGCCAAGUUCGUGGCGAGGAAGAACUGGGUUGUUACUGGAGCUGAUGACAUGCAGAUCAGAGUUUUUAAUUACAACACCCUGGAAAGAGUUCACAUGUUUGAGGCCCAUUCCGACUACAUCCGGUGCAUUGCAGUGCACCCCACACAGCCCUUCAUCCUCACAAGCAGUGAUGACAUGCUGAUCAAACUCUGGGACUGGGAUAAGAAGUGGUCCUGUUCUCAGGUGUUUGAAGGACAUACCCAUUACGUCAUGCAGAUUGUCAUAAACCCAAAAGACAAUAACCAGUUUGCCAGUGCCUCUUUGGAUAGGACAAUUAAGGUGUGGCAGCUUGGAUCAUCCUCUCCCAACUUCACCUUGGAAGGCCAUGAGAAAGGAGUGAACUGCAUUGACUAUUACAGUGGUGGGGACAAGCCAUACCUCAUUUCUGGGGCAGAUGACCGCCUGGUGAAGAUCUGGGACUACCAGAAUAAAACUUGUGUCCAGACACUGGAAGGCCACGCUCAGAACGUGUCGUGUGUCAGCUUCCAUCCGGAGCUGCCCAUCAUCAUCACCGGCUCUGAAGAUGGCACGGUGCGGAUCUGGCACUCCAGCACUUAUCGCCUGGAGAGCACCCUGAACUAUGGCAUGGAGAGGGUGUGGUGUGUGGCCAGCCUCAGGGGCUCCAACAACGUGGCUCUGGGCUAUGAUGAGGGCAGCAUCAUUGUUAAGCUUGGUCGUGAAGAACCUGCCAUGUCCAUGGAUGCAAAUGGAAAAAUUAUUUGGGCUAAACAUUCCGAAGUCCAACAGGCUAACUUGAAAGCAAUGGGAGAUGCUGAAAUCAAAGAUGGAGAGAGGUUGCCACUGGCUGUGAAGGAUAUGGGCAGCUGUGAAAUCUAUCCUCAGACAAUCCAGCACAACCCUAAUGGACGGUUUGUGGUGGUGUGUGGUGAUGGUGAAUACAUCAUCUACACAGCCAUGGCUCUGAGGAACAAGAGUUUUGGUUCUGCACAGGAGUUUGUGUGGGCACAUGACUCUUCAGAGUAUGCAAUCAGGGAGAGCAACAGUGUUGUAAAGAUAUUUAAAAAUUUCAAAGAGAAGAAGUCGUUCAAGCCUGAUUUUGGAGCAGAAGGCAUCUAUGGUGGCUUUCUUUUGGGAGUCAGAUCUGUUAAUGGCCUGGCAUUCUAUGACUGGGAGAACACAGAGCUGAUUCGCAGGAUUGAAAUCCAGCCCAAACAUAUUUUCUGGUCUGACUCGGGUGAGCUCGUGUGCAUUGCUACAGAAGAGUCAUUCUUCAUUCUCAAGUACCUGUCAGAAAAAGUGGCAGCAGCCCAAGAAACACAUGAAGGUGUCACUGAAGAUGGAAUUGAAGAUGCCUUUGAGGUUCUUGGCGAGAUCCAGGAGAUUGUGAAAACAGGUCUGUGGGUCGGUGACUGCUUUAUUUACACCAGUUCUGUGAACAGACUCAACUACUACGUUGGAGGAGAGAUUGUCACCAUUGCCCACCUGGACAGAACAAUGUAUCUCCUGGGCUAUAUCCCCAAGGACAACAGGCUGUAUUUGGGUGAUAAAGAGCUGAACAUUGUUAGCUACUCUCUGCUGGUCUCAGUGCUCGAAUAUCAAACUGCUGUGAUGAGGAGGGAUUUCGGCAUGGCUGACAAAGUUCUUCCCACAAUCCCAAAAGAACAGAGAACCAGGGUCGCACAUUUUCUUGAAAAACAGGGCUUCAAACAACAAGCUCUUGCAGUAUCUACAGAUCCAGAGCAUCGUUUUGAACUUGCUCUUCAACUUGGAGAAUUAAAAAUAGCCUAUCAGCUUGCAGUGGAAGCAGAGUCAGAACAGAAGUGGAAGCAGCUUGCAGAGCUUGCCAUCAGUAAAUGCCAGUUUGGCUUAGCCCAGGAGUGUCUCCACCAUGCCCAGGACUAUGGAGGGCUGCUGCUCCUGGCCACAGCUUCAGGGAAUGCCAGCAUGGUGAACAAGUUGGCAGAAGGUGCUGAGAAGGAUGGCAAGAAUAAUGUGGCAUUUAUGAGCUACUUCCUGCAGGGAAAGCUUGAUUCAUGUUUGGAACUCCUGAUCAAAACUGGGCGUCUCCCUGAAGCUGCCUUCCUUGCACGGACAUAUUUGCCAAGCCAAGUUUCAAGGGUUGUUAAACUCUGGCGGGAGAACCUCUCUAAAGUCAAUCAGAAGGCUGCUGAGUCCCUUGCUGACCCCACAGAAUACGAAAAUCUUUUCCCUGGAUUAAAGGAAGCUUUUGUUGCUGAAGAGUAUGUUAAGCAAAGUCUUGCUGACUUGAGGCCAGCCAGGGAAUACCCCCUUGUCACUCCAAAUGAAGAAAGAAACUUACUUGAAGAAGCAAAAGGAUUUGAGCCCUCUGGAAUAAUGUCAUCUCAGAAGAAGGCUGAAGAACCAGUUCCCUCUCCUAAACAAGAAGUGAUGAAGACAGUUGUGCAGAAUUCUGAUAACCUUCCAGCAAGAGAUCAAAAGACACUGCUGGACUUGGAAGAUGACUUAGAUAACUUGGAUCUGGAGGAUAUUGAUACCACAGAUAUCAAUCUGGAUGAAGAGAUCUUAGAUGAGUGAACAUCCUUUUUUAGAUGACCAAAUCAGGAAAUAAUUUGGUCAAAACCCAGAGGAAUGAAGUUCUGUGGACUAUGUGCUCCAAGUUACUUUGAUUUUUGUAUCACAAGUGGACCAUGUACAUGUAGAAGGAAGCAUACAGCUAGCAACUGUACAAAGAGAAUCAGCUUCCAGUAUGUUGAAAUUCGAGAUGUAAGCCUGCUCCAGAACAUACUAAACAAUGUUUUCAUUUAUCAAGCAGUUCAAUAAAUCCUUUUAAACAUUCUGCUGCUCAGUUCUCCAUUUACUAGUAAUAUUUACUAAGAAUAGUAAAAUUCUUAAGAAUAACCCAGCUUCCAUAGUGUAUAUUCCAAAUCUGUGAAACAGGAGCACAGUAGCUGAAAUACAGUAUUUUAACCUGACUUCUCUAAGCACCUCCAGUGAGGUAUGUGGUUAUGUCUUCACUGUGCUGCCAUCUAGCACUGCUAACCAUCAGUAUCAGCUCAGUUACUCUUUCAGACACCACUUGUAGCUAAAAGCUUCAACAGAGCAGUGGUACAGCUUAAGGGUUAGAAGGGGUGUUUGUUACAGCCUUUCCUAAAUGAAGCUGCCCAGACCCUGCACUUACCUCAAUAACUGAAAUGAAUUGUGGGCAAUUCCUUAGAUUCAAGAUGCAAGAAUAAAAAAACUGAACUCAGGGUACACAGUGUCAGUGAAAACAAGUCAUGAGGGCUGCUCUAAGUUCACUUAUAGAACUCUUCAAAAUAAACUGCUGUAGUGAUGCACAUGUAUUUCAGUAAAGAAAAAUACAUUCUACAGCAGUCAUUUUCAAGUAUUUAUUGUGGAAUCCUGUACAGAAAAUGUUUAUAAACAGACUUAAAACUUC